AUGUGUCCUCCUGUAGCCUCUGGUACCUCAAACUUAUCUCUUUAUUUCUCCUCAUCAUUUAAUCUCAAUACCAAAGGUCGCGACACACUGGGGACUUCGUGCCUGUUGCUACACACGCUACCAUCGCCUUAUUCUCACAUUAUCUCUCUGUUCCCAGCCAAAUUUUCGAAAACUAUGACUACUUUUACAAGAUUUAUAGAGCUUCCUAGAGAGCUUCGAGAUCAAAUUUGGAGUCUUGCCAUCCGAGAUGACCAUCCAGGGGCACAUAUCUUCGGACAAUAUGUGACCGGAAGCCAUGGUUUCCAAUCUUGGCGCGGCUUGAGCUUUGAUGUAGCUGCUCCUUCCUGGGGACGUUACUUUGAGAGCUUGGAUGAGAAUCGCAGCGACGAGAAUAUUUCGACAUAUCUCAUAGAUGGUGGCUUAUGGACCGCCUGUCACGAGUCACGAUGCAUCAUGGAAGACCAUUUCAGACAGUCAGGGCGACAAUUAGCCCCACGUCAUCCCAAUGACCGCCGAUCAAGUUUUAGCGAGAAAGACCUUUUCAAAAUGGCCUCGUCAGGCUACUUCAAUGGUAAUCCUCUCGAAAUAGUGACAGUUUUCCCCUACAGAGAUCUGUUUAUCGUUCAGCAUGAGGACUUGGACAAGAUCGACUGGGGUUACCUUGGCUUCGGGUUCUGUGGUGUCGGUCACAUAGCAAUAGAGUAUGACCAAGCGUGGGUGGAUGGCUUGCACACAGAUGAGGUUGUUAACUCUUUGUUUUUAAAAGCUUGUGCCGAAGCAAACUAUACCUUGUGGUUCAUUGAUCGCUCUCUCAAGCGAAAGAGUCAAGCCCCAAUAUUUUGA